GGGCCUCUGAAGUUUAUAUUUUGUCCCUUGUGAGAGGAACUUUCUCUGCCUCCUGGUGCCAUGUCCCCAGCUGCUUUCCUCUGCCACACAUUUCCUCUCUGAUGUCCCCCCACCUCAGAAAUGGAGCCGGCCUUCUGUGGACGGAGACCUCUGAAACCGUGAGCGCUCAAAUAAACUUUUCCUCCUGGAAUUGUUCUCUUCAGGUCUGAUUUGGUCCCAGCAGCAAAAAAAAAAAAAAAAAAAAAAAAAACUGACAAAAGACGUGCCCAGGGGCGUCCCGUGGAGCCACAUUCCAGAGGAUGCUCCCGGCCUGAAGGACGCCAGGAAACUCCUUCUCCAGCCUCCGCGCUGCCGGCGGGGGUCUGCGAACUUCCUUAUGAUGUCCAAGAAAUGAAGUCAGCCCUGAAAAGGACUUUGCCCUUUUUAUGGCCCCGACGGAGAGAGAAACUUGGCGAGAGGGAGGAGCUUGAGUUCAGGAAGAAAGAAAUACCCCGUUUGGAGCGGAGUUGGCGUUUCAGCUGUGCAAACCCCAGGACCAUACCGGGGCGCCAGCCAGGCCUGCGCUUGGACAGGUUUAUAAAAGAUCCCAAAGGGACUACAAACACAGGAACGUUUUAACACUCUGGGGUAAAGAGUCUGUGCCAUCAUGUCAGCCUACUACAGGAAUAACAGCCUCAACGGCGACACAGAGCACCCUGACUAUUCAAGGUCUCAAGGCCGUACUCGAGGGCAUUUAAAAACUCACGAUUAUCCAGACUUCUCAGGUCCUCAGGACAAUCCAGGCUAUCCCAGCACCAGGAACAAUCCAUUCUCUGCAGGCUCCAGAACAAAUCCAGACUAUCCUGUGUCUCUCACAGAACCAGAUUAUCCUGGAUCUCCAAAUAAACCAGAUUAUCCUGGUGCCAGGAACAAUCCCUAUUCUGAAGAUUCCAGAACAAGUCCAGACUAUCACAGAUCUCUGCCAGAGCCAGAUUAUAUUGAAUCUCAGAGCCAGCCAUACCAUCCAGGCUCAUCCAGAGAACCAGAUUACCCUGGAUCUCAACGAAAUGCUGAAUUUGCAAGUUCCAGAAGUAGUGGAAACUACCCAGGUUCCAGGAUAAACCCAGGUUAUUUGGGAUCCCUGGCAAAUCCUGACUACCCCGGAGCACAGGACAACUCUAGCCAUUCUGGCCCCAGAGCCAAUUCCAACCAUCCAGGCUCAAGAAGGAAUCAAGAACCUGCUGGUUCCAGAAUCAAUUCAUAUAUAGACGACCCGGGAGAGCCUGAUUAUCCAGGUGCUGAGAAUCAAACUAACUUUCCACACAUUUGGGGGGAACCAGACUAUCCCAGUGCUGAGGAUUAUCGGAAUUCUCCAAACAUUUUUGGGGAACCUGAUUACCCAGGAGCCAAGAGUAUUCAUGGUUAUGGCCCUUCUGAGACCCGGGAAAUGACCAGGAGGAGUAAUGCCUCCUUGGGCGUCCUUAGGAGAGAGAGUGAAGAUUACCCUGGAAGUUUUGAAAUGACGUCCAUGGAGAUGGCAGAUCCACGCGACCCAUCUCUGCCAGGUGCUCCUGGAAAGGGCUAUGUGAACCCUGCGUAUGUGGGCGAAGGUGGCCCUGUCUGUGCCUAUGGAAACCCACCGCUGUCUGCAGGUGAUUGGCACAAGUCACCUGAAGGACAAAAGUUAAUAGCAUCCCUGAUCCCCAUGACAUCCAGGGACAGAAUCAAGGCCAUCAGGAACCAGCCCAGGACCAUGGAAGAGAAGAGAAAGCUGAGGAAAGUGGUUGACAAAGAGAAGAGCAAACAGGGUCCCCGUGCCCUGGAGGUGGCCUGCUGCACCCGGUGUCUGCACACCUUCUCUCUGGUCUACCGGAGAUCCAAAAACAGCAUCUCUGAGCUCCUCAACACCACCAGCCUGUGGCAGAAGACGCUCAAGGUCAUCGGAGGCAAGUUUGGAACCAGCGUCCUCUCCUAUUUCAGCUUUCUGAGGUGGCUUUUGAAGUUCAACAUUUUCUCCUUCAUCGUGAACUUCAGCUUCUUGGUUAUUCCCCAGCUGACAGUGGCCCAGAAGAACACACUCCAGUUCACGGGGCUGGAGUUUUUUACGGGGGCGGGUUACUUCAGGGACACGGUGAUGUACUACGGCUUCUACACCAAUUCCACCAUCCGGCACGGGAGCAGCAGGCUGGCCUACAACAUGCAGCUGGCGUACCUCUUCACCAUCGGGGCCUGCUUGGUCACCUGCUUCUUCAGCUUGCUCUUCAGCAUGGCCAAGUAUUUCCGGAACAACUUCAUCAACCCCCACAUUUACUCCAGAGGGAUCGCCAAACUUAUCUUCUGCUGGGACUUUACUGUCACGCACGAAAAAGCCGUGAAGCUGAAACAGAAGAGUCUGAGCACGGAGAUAAGGGAGAACCUGUCAGAGAUCCGACUGGAGAACACCAAGCUCACCUUCCACCAGCAGCUCACGCGCCUGUCUGCCCACGUGGCGGCCUGGCUGGUGUCCACUGGCAUGGCCAUCGCCUGCUGUGUCGCCGUCUAUUACCUGGCCGAGUACAACUCCGAGUUCCUGAAGACACACCAGAACCCCGGAGCCGUGCUGUUACUACCCUUCCUUGUGUCCUGCAUCAACCUAGCUGUGCCUCGCUUAUACUCCAUGCUCAGGCUCGUGGAGAGGUACGAGCUGCCCCGGCAUGAGGUCUACAUCCUCCUGAUCCGAAACAUCUUUCUAAAAAUAUCCAUCAUUGGAAUUCUUUGUUACUACUGGCUCAACAUCGUGGCCCUGUCUGGUGAAGAGUGUUGGGAGACCCUGAUUGGCCAGGAAAUCUACCGGCUCCUCCUGAUGGACUUCGUGUUCUCUUUAGUGGAUUCCUUCCUGGGGGAGUUUCUGAGGAGGAUCAUUGGGAAGCGGUUCAUCACAAGCCUUGGCUUACAGGAAUUUGACAUUGCCAGGAAUGUUCUAGAGCUGAUCUAUGCACAAACUCUGGUGUGGAUUGGAAUGUUCUUCUGUCCUCUGCUCUCCUUCAUCCAGAUGAUCACCCUCUUCACCAUGUUUUAUGUCAAAAAUAUCAGCCUGAUAGUGAACUUCCAGCCCCCGAGCAAAGCCUGGAGGGCCUCCCAGAUGAUAACCGUCUUCAUCUUCCUGCUCUUCUUCCCGUCCUUCACUGGGGUGCUGUGCACGCUGGCCAUCACCAUCUGGAGACUGAAACCUUCAGCCGACUGCGGCCCAUUUCGAGGUCUGCCUUCCUUCAUUUACUCUGUCUACCGCUGGAUCGACACCCUGAGCGGGCGGCCUGGCUACCAGUGGGUGGUGUGGAUCUAUCACAACCUCAUUGGCAGCGUGCACUUCUUUUUCAUCCUCACACUCAUCGUGUUAAUCAUCACCUAUCUUUACUGGCAGAUCACAGAGGGAAGGAAGAUUAUGAUCAGGCUUCUCCAUGAACAGAUCAUUAAUGAGGGCAAAGAUAAGAUGUUCCUGAUAGAGAAGUUGAUCAAGCUACAGGAUAUGGAGAAGAGAGCGAACCCCAGCACACUGAUCCUGGAAAGGAGGGAGGUGGAGCAACAAGUGCCUUUGCAUUGGGGGGAACAGGCUGCUGCUGCUCCUGACCUGCGAUUCAGGCGAUCAUUUCAAGAAGAUAAUCGAAAGGUGUGACGAUCAUCCUAAAGAGACACCCAUCAAAUGAAGAAAGAAAAUAAAAGGGGGAACACUUCUUCCAUGAUACCUGGGCCUCUAGGAAGAGGAAGCCACACCUUAAGCAGGAACUGGAACUGACCCUCAGUGUAAAUGCCAAAGUCAAAUUGGGCCGCCUCUGCUACUUUUGAAACCCAACUGCUGAUUUUUCAAGGUGGCCUACUCGAGGAUUUCCCAGUAAAGACUGUUGUGAUAUUGAAAUUACCCCACAAAACCAUGGUUAGAGAUAAUCUGGGAAUAGUCCAUUUUGUCUCCAAGAAUUUUUGUUUGUUUGUUUGAACGACUGGUCCUUAGGAAUCUCUCUUCCCACAGUUCCCAGGACCUGGCAAAGGUUUACAAACUGGUGCUAAGAAAAGUGGUCCAGAUUGAAUAAAACGUGAUACUCAAUCAGGGAUACAAAGCGUCUGAAUUGUGAAACUUGCAUUUGUUGGUGAUUUAGAAUUAAAACAUCCCCCAUGUGACCCAAAGGUGCAAUAAAGUCUUAUCUCUGAAACUUUA